UGCAUAAGUGGGUUUUGGGUUGCAGUUUGGGCACUCGGUCUCUAAAAGGUUCGCCAUCACUGCCCUAAAGGCUGCCAGCUCAGCGGUCAGUGGGUGGGCUGGCAGCUGAGGAAAGAGGGGAGGGCUAUUUCCCCAUUGUCUGGGUUGCUUGGCAACUGCGUUCCCAUGGAGAUAUUUGUACACUCAAAACCUGGGGACCAAGGGACAGGAGAGCUGACCCUUCAGAAGAGCAGAAAGGGAUGUUGGGCUGGAAACAGUUGAUUGACAGCUUGUGCCUUUCUGACAACGUGAUACUUAUGAACUUUCCUUGGAUUCCAACAAGCAGCUAAAGGAGACUGAGGCUUUCGUAGACAGCAGCAAAAACGUCACUGGAUUUCCCCAAAGCAGCUUCCAAACCUGGCUGAGAAGUGAGCCAACAUGGCCGACGCUAAAACUCUUCUGAGGAACAAGCCUGCCCCACGAUUUCGGAAAUCUUCCUGUGAUGCGAGCAAGAUGACGCCCGAGCAAAAAGCACGCUAUUUGGCCUUUGCCGAUCCAACCAAGCCGGAUGUGAAAACGAUGCUGGCCGCAGCUCUUAUGAAAGAGAGGAAAGCCCUGGACAAUCGGCAAAAGGAACUGGAAGAUAAAAACCUGAUUGGGGUCCUCAAGGCUUCUGAAGCACGGAACCGCCUUCGAAACACAAGGCUCCAGUACCAGAAUUUGCGAGCGCAAGAGAUCAACUUCCUGAUCUCCUUCCAGAGAAACGCAAAAGGUGCGGUGAGGCUGGAAGUCUUCCUCCCCCCCAGGAGAAACAUUGCAAAAUUGUCUGACUGCAUGAACACCCUUCAGCGGAGCCGGAUUGAGGAGAUCCUGGAAGACGAAAGCGGCUUUGGAUGUUAAAAGCAAACGUAACCUUGACAUUUGAGAACAGCAUUGAAAGAGUUUCCCCAAAUAUCUGAACAACAUCUCAAUCCGGGGAGAUAAAAUCCCCCACUUUUGACCCUGAUCUGGUUUCUCCAAAAAAUAAAACUUUGGGCUGUUAGCAUUCCCCCCGCCCCCCACCUAAUCGUUGCUAUAUUUCAGGAGAAAGUGGAAGAAGAAACCAACAAAAGGAAUAUUUUUGAAGUUCAAAGGAGUUUCUUCAUUGUGGUUGCAUUCUUAGCCCAAUAAACAGGGGAACAAUUAUGUGCCAACCCUCUUAUGAGUUUAUUUUUACACUCAUGUCAGGAAUGUUGAGAAAAAUGUUGAGGAAAAAAAACUUGAUUGAUUUAACCCAGUGUACAUUUUGCUGUAAACAUAUGUGCACAAAUAAAUUAAGACUAUUUCAAGUAAAUGAGUUUUCUUGCUAACCUCUGGCUUGCCAGUUACGCUUGGAAAUCAUUGCUAGUCUACGCAAUUUGAGAUGCAAGGAUUGUAUACAAAACAAUAGUGUAAAUCAAUUUGUUAUGUGUUAGUUUCCGGGUUUUGCCGAGUUCUAUUUCCGUUCAAUGUUUCGUAGACAGCAGUUUCAUCCAGACACCAAAGAUCCAUAUAACCCAGAUAACCAAUUAGAUUAACAAUUGCAUUAAUAACCAGAUAGAGAAUUCUAGAUUAUUUUGACUUGUACUGUGUUUCAUUUGUUCUACUAUGUUUCAUUUGUUCUACUGUGGGUUGCUUUGAGCAUUGUAUCUGCUAAGGAAGCAUGUAAAUAAAAUGAUUUAGCCAUGCCA